AUGGCUUCCGGUUACGGUAACACCGGCGGUCCCGGCCGCUGCUACCCCUUCUGGCAAGAGGUUCUUGGUUGCUACGUGGUGAACUCGGGCGAUGGGGCGACCGGCAAGAAGAAGUGUGUGCCCGCCCUGGACGAUUACUACGAGUGCCUUCACCACCGGAAAGAGGCUCUCCGCACUAUGAAGAUGCAAGCUGCCUAUCGCAAGGCUGAGGCCGCACACCCGCGAGAGAACGCCCCCAAGGCUGAGCAAAUCCGGAGCUUGGGUCUACUUGGGAAGGAAGAGGAGGCAGCUACUGUGCUGAACCAACUGUGA